AGGAACAGUUUAUGUGCUGCUACAUGCUUUGCCAAGCUCUCCGGACUCUGUCUGUUGUGUUCUCUAGGCUCUGGUAAGAGGAGGCUGGUCUGUCUGACCGGGUCAAACUGGAAGAAAUCGCCAAAGAAGAUGACGAUUGGGAUCCCACCAAAAGGGCGAUGCACAUCAUCUCUAUACAGCCUCAGGCGGCUGUCUACAGAUGCAAGCGUGAGGCCGCCCACCUGGCUGAUCUCG